UACUGAAAGCUCGAGAUCUUUUGAAUGCUGUACCUAAAUGAGUAGAGAAGAAGCAGUUCUUAUCGACCUGUUUGAUCCAGGAUGCCCUUUGCACAACCAAAGAAAUGAAGAAGCUUUGAACUGUGCCCUAAACACUCUUGAAAAAUGUUACGGCACAAAUGCUCCAUUUACAUACUUAAUGCUCCAUCAAGAUUCCAGGUGCGUAAACGGGACUCAAGACAUAUCAUUUGUUGCAACAAUCCAGCAUUUAAAAGUCUUAAAAAAUGGGCUUCAAAUAGUACGGAAUUCAAGCAUGGCAGCAAUUCUUUAUUCAAUCAAACAAGACAUUGAUAGGCUGAACAUUAAUAAAAUACUUGUCUUAUUGCCACAGCAAAGAAAGAAGCAAAUGGGUAUGUUUUUAAAUCUUCUGUUUACUGAGAUCUAUAAAUUCAGAAUUGAGACAUUUGAAGUACACUAUGAAACAGACUAUGUGAAACAUUUAAAUGGUGUAUCACAAGUAGCCUUGGAGGAUUAUGAAAAAUACACAAGGAGAAGCAUCCAGGAGCAUCUAGAAAGUCUGGCGCCUCUGAAAGGAAAGCUUGAAAUCCUUAAAUCAUAUCUUAUCCCAGAGGACAUCUUUCUGCAUGGCUAUACAACAAGAUCAGGAGGCAUAUCCUACAUACCCACCCUCAGUGCACUAAAUCUCUUCAGCAGUUCCAGAAGGAGAGAUCCAAAGAUGGUUGUUGCAGAAAAUUUCCGACGGUUAGGUGAAGUUGCCGGAUUCAGUCCAAAGAAUUAUGUCCCUGUGAAGGUGGAUCAUGCCAAUAAUGUUUGGAUCAUGGGAAAACCUCAACCGGACUGCUAUGAUGGGAUAGUAACCAAUCAGAGGGGUGUCGUAAUAGCAGCUCCUGGCGCUGACUGUAUACCUCUUCUAUUCUGUGAUCCAGUAACCAAGGCAUGUGGAGCUGCCCAUUCAGGUUGGAAAGGUACCCUACUAGGAGUUGCAAUGGCCACAGUAAAUGCUAUGAUGUCAGAGUAUGGGUCCCAUGUGAAGGACAUACUCGUGGUACUUGGACCUUCUGUGGGACCUUGCUGCUUUACGCUCUCACAGCAAGAAGCCAAAGCAUUUCAUGCAAUCGACCCUCAGUGUGUUAGGCAGCUUGACUCACCCAACCCCUACAUUGACAUACGCAGAGCUACUAGAAUUCUUCUAGAACGUGGAGGUAUUCUGCCAGAACAUAUCCAGGAUGAGUCGGUCGCUGACAAGAAUCAGAACCUUACCCUCUGUACCUCCUGCCACCCAGACAAAUUUUUUUCCCACGUUCGAGAUGGCACAAAUUUCGGCACUCAAAUUGGCUUCAUAUCAAUUAAAGAAUAACACAAGAAGGAUGGUGACGUUAAUGCCACAUUUAUCCUGCAGAUAAGGAAGAGGUGAUAAAGCAUGCGUCAUUUAAACAGAUCUGUCAUUUUCCCAAAUCCUACACAUUAAUAAAAAAAUAAUAAUAAUAAUAAUAA